AUGACUCCACUGCUUUACUGCGUCAAGUACGGCCACAAAUCUAUACUAGGAUUGCUUCUUGACAACGGUCUGUCCAUUGAUGCUUGUGUUUAUCGAAAGCCGUGGUCUCGGAACACUGUGACGACCGACACCUUUUACCAAUCAUCGGUUUCGGAGUCCGAGCCCGACAUUUCGGGCACUUCGGCUGGCCUAACAGCUUUACACUUUGCGGCCCUGACUGGCAAUUUAGACAUGACCAAGUUCCUUCUAGAGCGUGGCGCUAAUCCGAACGCUUUGUCCGAAUACAACGAGUCGCCGAUGCAUCUCACGUUGCGUAAAGCCCUGCAUGGACCAAAGCAUGACGACGAUUGGACCGACCCGGACUUCAGGAUAGAAAACGUAUGGGACUUCUUGGACUUUGAAGAAGACGAAAUUCAUUCAAUUUCUGCAAGCAUAAAAAUGCAUCGCGAAGGUGUGCUUGAUGCUCUGCUCGCAGAUGCUAGGACUAGUCUGAUGAUCAGAGACUAUCAACAUAACUACCCUUUGCACUGCGUUGGGUAUAAAGAACCUGGAAGUGUAUCGGUAAUCCAUAAACUAGUAUUCAGAGGAGCAAAUCCGUUGGAAAGGAACUUGAAGCAGCAAAACGCACUGCACCUUGCCAGUCGAGCUGGCGACCACGACGCGGUUGCUUUUCUGAUUUCCCUAGGAGUUGAGCCUGCCUUGACGGACAACAAGGGGCUCAAUGCUCUUCACUAUGCUGCACAAAGUCGAAACCAUGAGACAAUCACUAUUCUUCUAGAAGCAGCCAUAGCAACAAGACCAAGCCUAGUGGCGUCGAAGGAUAAUCAGGGUAGAAACUCGCUCCACCACCUGCUUUCUGCGUCUGCAGUUCGGCAUGAGACAAUGCAGUUGCUGCUCGACAAGGGGGUAGAUGGUUUGGAGUUGGACGCAUCUGGCAACUCACCUUUGGCGAGCUACUUCAAACGAGCAUGCCGGUUUUCUUCAAAUGUCACCAUCUGUCAACAAUUGCUUUCAGUUCAAGGAAGCUCUUUUUUUUUGUUGACAAAAACGGACGAAACCUCGGACACUUGUGUACUGUACCUGUGA